GUUCAAUUUGGCCAAAGAUUUCUCAAGAUAUCGUUAACUUUCGAUUUCUACGUGCGUUGUUGUUGUUUUGUAAUUAUACGCUUAUACUACAAUAUGGCUUUCUCGUCAAAAUCUGGUCUUCUACCUUCCCCUAAUGGUCCGAAAAUUCACUCUUCCAACGCUAAAGACUAUAUCAAGAGAUCCUAUUACCCUAUCCCGUUUCAAGCUAUGAAUAUAAUCGAAAGUUUUAACAUUCAAAGCAAGCCAACUUGGGAUAUUAAUGUUACGGCGAAAACCGUGAAGUUUAAAGCCGAAUGGGAUCUUUGUGGACAAAUUUAUUCGAACAAUGUCGCUGAUAUAUUCCCGAAAUCAAUCCUCGAAUCUAUUGGAACAUUUAAUCUUGAAAAUCCAGCUUGGAAUACUUCAUUUAAUGGUCAGAAACUAUGUUUAAAAUUAGAUUGGAAAAUACAAAAUUCCGAACUGUCCAUUAAUAAUACGUCGAUUCUCAACGCAAGCUCUUCACCAUUUUUUCCCGUUUCGCCAAAUACUCGUGUGAAUUUACCUAACAUUUCUACGCCUGUUAAUCCCUCUUCGCCAAGUUUCAAUCCGGACUCGGGAUAUUGCUCGCAGAAUGUGUAUAAUGUGUCACCAAAAUAUACAAAUUGGUCGCGUGAUGUAAACAAUCAUCUUAAUCGAAAUAAUUCGCCCCUUCCUUGCACGGAAUUGUUUAAAUCUAAAAAUCCGAUCAAUAGACAAGACCUUUAUCGACCUACCCAUGUUAUUCAUAAAACCACCACAACACCGAAGUAUAAAGAUAAAUCCAUGAUUAUCGAAGGUCAAGGUCAUACAAGUCUCGUGAGUGAGUCAUCGCCUGAUGUAACCGAUUCUAAAACUUUAAUAAUUUCUUUUCCUGAUCAAUUAAUCCAUGACAACAUUCAGUCAACCCCUCCAACCUCUACAAACCCAGCUGAUCAUAUUCCAGAGCCCACCCCCCCAGCCGCUAUAAGCCCAGCUGAUCAUAUUCCAGUAACCAAUUCCCCACCCUCAGAAUCCCCCAUUACCUCAUCACUCCCCCCUCCCCCCUCCCCUCCCAUUUCCCUAAACUUACCUGAUGAUACCCUCACCCCUCAACCUACCUCAUCCACCUCCCCCACCCUACCCCCCUCCAAAGACCCCACUUCCCAGAAUUCCACCUUACCUGUUUCCCCGAACUUACCUGAUGAUACCCUCACCCCUCAACCCACCUCAUCCACCCCCCCCUCCCUACCCCCCUCCAAAGACCCCACUUCCCAGAAUUCCACCUUACCUGCUUAUGAUCCUUCCUGCCUCAAGAAACCUAGUAAAAAGAAAAAAAAAGGCAAAAAAGUUAAAUCCUCUCCAUUUCCUACUCCAAAUAUUUCAACCACCGACCCUCUCCCUAUUUCUUCUACUAAGCAAGUGAGCAUGAUAUCCGCUGACCUAAAGUUUAUUGUUCACAAUGAUUCAACUGAUGAUCAGAUCAUGCUUAUACCUGAUCCAUUAAGUCCUGAGGCUAACCCAUAUGAAGGUCUUUUUACUAAAACACCCGAGAACUUUCGAGUUGACGAAAAUGGUUUGAUUGAUCCUACCUUUAAAGCCCAUUUCAUGAAUCUUGAAGGAUGCUGCAGGUUAUGCCAUAAAACCGUUAAAUCAUAUGAUGUUGACGAACAUUUAUUAGACUGUCCUGAAUUUAAUGGCAACGAUCUGGUUUCCCUUGUGGCUAAAACAGCAAAAAACAUUCGCGGUGAUAAAGAGGAUGUUAUGGAUCAAGUCCGUAAUUAUUGCCAAUUUGAACUUGAAGAGGACUAUACUAACGCUGUCUUUCCAUCAAUUAUUUCUUAUAAACAAUGCAUUUCUGAUAUAGAACUUCUAUUAAAUAAGAGAGCUACUAUAGUUUUCAACAAAUGUAAUAUUUCCGGCCUUCAAAGUAGAUCUAAUAUCCUAAACUACAAAUCCUAAUUGUAAAAACAUUAGGUACAAACAUUUAUCCACUAUAUCCCAAAAUAGCGAUUCUGACACUGAUCUCUAUAUUCCAGUUACUUCUAAUUCUUUUAAUGUAUUCUUACAUCCAGUGUAAUAGUUCAUAACUAGUUACCAUAACUACCUUAUAUAUCAAAA